AGCGUGGCAGCGUGCGCACACACGUUAACUUUUUGUGGCCACAUGUUCUUUAUCUGCCGGCUUUUACAGCAGUGAGAACUUCGUCUCUGUUGAAUUCGUAUUAAUCAUCAAGAAGAUUCGAACAUUAAUUCGAUUCAAUAAAAAUGGCAUCUGCUGAAUACCUAAGCAUGGAUGUAGCUGCACCAGUUGUAGAAGAAAAGCCUGACGCUGCAGAUGGCACAGAAAAACCAGUCACUGAAAAGAAAGAAGACAUGACUUCACGGGACUACUAUUUUGAUUCUUAUGCUCAUUUCGGUAUUCAUGAAGAGAUGUUGAAAGACGAAGUCAGGACUCUCACAUAUAGAAAUUCGAUGUACCACAACAAGCACCUUUUCAAGGGUAAAGUUGUUUUAGAUAUUGGCUGUGGAACUGGUAUCUUGUCCAUGUUUGCCGCCAAAGCUGGAGCUGCCCGAGUUUUUGGCAUUGAUUGCUCUGAUAUUGUGAACCAGGCCACAGAAAUUGUUAAAGCUAAUCAUAUGGAUGAUGUUAUUUCCAUUAUCAAAGGCAAAGUUGAAGAAGUUGAACUCCCUGAAGGAAUUGAAAAGGUUGAUAUUAUUAUCUCUGAAUGGAUGGGUUAUUGCCUGUUUUACGAAUCAAUGUUGGAGACCAUUCUGCAUGCCCGAGACAAGUGGUUGAAACCUGACGGACUUCUCUUCCCCGACCGAGCCAGCUUGUAUGUUUGCGCUAUCGAAGACAGACAGUACAAGGAUGACAAGAUUAACUGGUGGGAUGAGGUAUACGGAUUCAACAUGAGCUGCAUUCGCAAAGUCGCCAUCACUGAACCACUCGUCGACGUGGUCGAUCCUAAGCAAGUUGUAUCCAAUUCAUGUCUACUAAAGGAAGUUGAUCUGUACACCGUCACUAAAGACGAAUUGGCAUUCAGUUCUCCAUUCUCUCUUCAGCUUCGUCGUAAUGACUACGUUCAUGCAUUGGUAACAUUUUUUACCAUCGAAUUUACUAAAUGCCACAAGAGGAUGGGAUUCAGCACAGCGCCCGAUGCUCCUUACACGCACUGGAAGCAAACUGUUUUUUAUCUGGAUGAUUAUCUUACAGUCAAGCGAAACGAAGAGAUUUUCGGUGUUUUCGGAAUGAAGCCGAAUGCGAAGAAUAAUCGUGAUCUGGACUUCAACAUUGAGUUGAAUUUCACGGGUGAACUGUGCACACUUCAAGAGAACAACGUCUAUCGCAUGCGCUAAAUGAUUUGUCGGAGAAAGGGUCUUUAAGCCCAGGUGCGUGAUUUUGGAAACACAUUCAGUCAAUAACAUGAAUUGUUAAUUUUUGGUUGGGUGGCUAAUUUUUUAUUUGUAUGGAAAGUUUUCAACUUCCGUCACCUAAUUUAUUAGUAUCCUAUCUUGCCCAAUAGUUUUCCACUUAUUCUAAUCUCCUAGAAACUUUUUUUAAUUUCGUUCGCUAAUCCCAACCAGUGGAAAACUACUUGUGUUGAAAACUUAACAUGAUUUCAUUCGCGCGGCAAACUCAUGAAAAAAAAAAAUAAAAGCCACCAUUUCUUUUUAAUAAACAUUUUUUUUUUUCUUCAA